CUAGGCCACUAGGGCAGCGUGCGGUGCAGACUGCAGGGUGCAGUGCUGCCAGUGCAGUGUGCAGACGGGUGGGGUCUAGGGGAAUGGGAUGGACUAUGGACCGAGCUCAAAUGACGCCAUGCCGGCGCCACCGAGGGCGAAAGCUGUCCAGAUCGUGUGAUUUUGCAUCCCAUCCGCGAGCGCGACACGCGCUGACCUACUCGACGGCCUCCACCUCCGUCUUGAGGCGAAGCGUAGUGCGAAGGACCAACUCUUUCGAAGGGAAAUUAUAUCUCAGGUGCUUAGGAGUCUGCCAUGGCCAGCGAGAAUAAGGUAUUUAGGUUCGAGGAAGUCGCCAAGCACAACGUCACCAAGGACUGCUGGAUCAUCAUCGCCGGCAAGGUGUAUGAUGUCACUCCUUUUAUGGAUGAGCAUCCUGGUGGAGAUGAGGUUUUGCUAGCUGUAACUGGGAAAGAUGCUACAGCUGAUUUUGAAGAUAUUGGCCACAGUGAUUCCGCAAGGGACAUGAUGGAGAAGUACCACAUCGGGCAGAUAGAUGCUUCAACAAUCCCAGCAAAGCGAACUUAUGUGCACCCCCAGCAAGCGCCCAGCCACUCAGACAAGAAUAAUGAUCUCCUCAUCAAGAUCCUGCAGUUCCUUGUGCCCAUUAUGAUCCUGGGCCUUGCAUUUGGUAUACGUCAGUACACCAAAUCAGAGUAGUACUGUUCUUGAAGACUUGCCUUUGGAGUCUGUUUUAUGGUAAUGGUUUGGAUGAGAACAGUUCAGUAAUUGCUUAGUGUAUUUGUCAGGUGGAUGUUAUCUCAUUGGUCAUAUACUAUGUAUUAUGGACAUCCAUGUGUUGCCGAAAUGUGCUCUUUUCCCCAUGAACCGAGGCAUACAAGAUGAAUUCUGACUCUUCCAUGAACCGAGUAGUUGAUACCA